AUGGCUUCCCAGAGACACUCAGGUCCCUCCAGGUACAAGGUGGGCACCAUGGCUGAGAAGUUUGAUUGCCACUACUGCAGGGACCCCCUGCAGGGAAAGAAAUACGUGGAGAAGGAUGGCCACCACUGCUGCCUGAAGUGCUUUGACAAGUUCUGCGCCAAUACCUGUGUGGAAUGCCGCAAGCCCAUCGGUGCGGACUCCAAGGAGGUGCACUAUAAGAACCGCUACUGGCACGACACCUGCUUCCGGUGUGCCAAGUGCAUGCACCCCUUGGCCAAUGAGACCUUUAUGUCUAAGGACAACAAGAUCCUGUGCAACAAGUGCACCACCCGGGAGGACUCCCCCAAGUGCAAGGGCUGCUUCAAGCCAAUUGUGGCAGGCGAUCAGAACGUGGAGUACAAGGGGACCGUCUGGCACAAAGAUUGCUUCACCUGCAGCCACUGCAAGCAAGUCAUCGGCUCUGGAAGCUUCUUCCCCAAAGGGGAGGACUUCUACUGCGUGACUUGCCACGAGUCCAAAUUCGCCAAGCAUUGCGUGAAGUGCAACAAGGCCAUCACAUCUGGAGGAAUCACUUACCAGGAUCAGCCCUGGCAUGCCGAGUGCUUUGUGUGUGUUACCUGCUCUAAGAAGCUGGCUGGGCAGCGUUUCACCGCUGUGGAGGACCAGUAUUACUGCGUGGAUUGCUACAAGAACUUUGUGGCCAAGAAGUGUGCUGGAUGCAAGAACCCCAUCACUGGGUUUGGUAAAGGCUCCAGUGUGGUGGCCUAUGAAGGACAAUCCUGGCACGACUACUGCUUCCACUGCAAAAAAUGCUCCGUGAAUCUGGCCAACAAGCGCUUUGUUUUCCAUCAGGAGCAUGUGUAUUGCCCCGACUGUGCCAAAAAGCUGUAA